UUCAUAAUCAUAAGAAUUUCUUAUCAGUAAGGCUUAUUUUAGUGACUGAAGACAUUUUCGGCGGAAAAUCGACAUAAGGAAUGGCGUGGAUAAAUGAUGGAUGUUUAUUAUGCAAUUCUUGUGGAGUCACGAACAUGCAAUCGCGAAAGCAGAAGAGUACACUGUGAACAAUGCAGAGGGGAAAAUCAUCAAACUACGCACGUAUGCUAAAUGAAGAGGACAAUAACAAUUACAGCAGACAGUGCCCAGGACCCAAAAGGCUUGGAGUUACUUUCCUGGCAUCAGAAUGGGGAUCAAGCAAAGGAGGCCUCUCCACCCUAAACAGGGAAUUGGCAAUAAACAUCGCAAAGGACCCAAGAGUUAAGGUCAGUUACUUUGUUCCAAGUUGCAAUGACGAGGACAAGACAGCAGCUCAUAGUCACAAAAUAGAACUUAUAAAGGCACCAAGGCGGCCCGGCUUAGAUGAACUGGAAUGGCUUAACUUUCCACCAAAGGAUUUGCAAAUUGACGUAGUGGUUGGACAUGGUGUUAAACUUGGCCAUCAAGCACAAAUUAUUAGGGAGUCCCACGAAUGUAAAUGGAUUCAGGUUGUCCAUACAGACCCUGAGGAACUAGGGAUAUAUAAAGAAUAUGCCAAUCCAAUUUCGAAUGCUCAGAAAAAGCAUAAAACAGAGGUAGAACUUUGCGAACUAGCUGACUUCGUUGUACCAGUUGGCCCCAAAUUGUACAAAGCGUUUCGUUCUUAUCUCGCCUCGUGUGAGAAAGAGCAGUGUUUCUUCGAAUUUACUCCUGGAAUUCUAGCAGAAUUCUCUGAAUUGAAACAAAGUCUAGAAAAACGAGAAGUUUGUAAAGUCUUAUGUUUUGGUCGUGGAGAUUCGGAGGACUUUAAAUUAAAAGGGUUUGACAUAGCAGCUCGAGCUAUGGCUAAGCUGAGUCAUUGUAUUCUGUUAUUUGUUGGUGCUGCGGAGGGAAAACUCGAAGAGACACGAACACGUUUCCUCGAUUUUGAUAUCCCUCCUAGCCAACUAAGGGUGCGUCCGUUUUUGGAUAGCCGGGAAGAUUUGAAAAAGGUAUUUUGCGAAGCAGACCUUGUCGUUAUGCCCUCGAGAACUGAGGGCUUUGGGUUAACGGGCCUUGAAGCCUUGUCAGCCGGUCUGCCUAUUCUUGUGAGUCGAAAAUCAGGAUUUGCAGAAGCUUUGUUGAAAAUACCAUUUGGCCGGCAUUUUGUGGUUGAUUCAGAUGAUCAAGAUCAGUGGGCCAAAGCAAUUGGGGAAGUCUGCAACAAUGACAGGAGCAGUCGACUUGAGGAGUGUGAAACACUGCGAGACACCUACAAGAAAAAGUACAGUUGGAAAAAACAGUGUGAAUCUCUCAUUGACAAAAUGAUCAGCAUCACUCUUGACGACAAACCCGAAGAUUGUGCGUGUGCAGCAGAAAAGUCCACAUUGCCUCACCAGACGGAAGUUAAUAACGGCCUUUGUUCAGUCAGUGCACAUUCAGCUCCAGGUAAAUUGCCCAUUCGCAUAAAACUUAACCGCGCCACAUUUCAAGAGUCACAGAGCAAAGACCCUGCACAAGAAGAAGAAGCCAAACGCCUCUUGAUGUGUGAGAUGACAAAACAUUUUAUUGAGAUACACGCAGCUCAAAUACCUUCGAAAAAAUUCAGUCAAUCUCUUUGUUACUACCUACAAGGAGUGCACGACUUGAUGAUAAGAGAAGCAGGUGAGGGGAGCUUGCGAAUUGUUGUCGAAUGUAAGACAUUGGAAAUUCUUGAGCAUCUAUGGGAUGACUAUAGUUCCGGUCACCUUAAUGAGGUAGCGGAAGAGCGUCUUUUAACGGAUGAGAUAAAGAAGAAAUAUGAUGUGGAAUCAAUAGAACUGGAAACAACCAUAACUAUGGAGGAUUACCUGGCUUGCAAACUGUCACUAAGAGAUUUGAAUCGUGAUUCAACAGUUGCAGAAAAUCUAACUGAUCCAGCGAAUGCACAACCUCUGGUCGUUCACGACGAAGAGCAACGUGAACUCACCACGGCGCGCUUUUCGUUAAAUUUGGACAGUGGUCGUUCAGCAAGGCCAAAUGAAUUUCAUCCAGAACAAGAAAAUGGAAGCCUGCGUUUGGUGUCUGAAAUGUUAUCUGAGGAAAAGACUUCUCAAAGUUCUUCUAUGGAGCUACCCACCUACUUUCGACAUGUAACAGUAACUCAAGAUUCAGCACCAACAAAAGAGCGUGACAACAGUUUACAAUUUUCCGUCGGAUGCCGAGAUCUGGAAAGUCUUGAACUUCUGUGGUCCGACUAUCGCUCCGGUCGUCUAGAUUGGAUGGCCGAAAAGUUUCUUUUGACAGAUGACAUCAAAAAGAGAUUUCAUGUGGAGUCUGUCACUUUAGAAACAAGCAUACUGGAAGAGGACUAUUUGGCGUGUAAAGAGCACCUCUUAAAUAUUUCUCAAAACAGCGGCAACUCGCUUAUGGGAGAUGAUGAUGACACUGAAAUCCUGGUUACUGAAAGGACUAUUCAAACAGCAAACACUGAUGAUCUUGGUAUUCAGACAUCCAAAGAAGCUAUUUCCCAACUGCCUAAUCAAAGCGAGACUGUUAUACCAGUCGAGGAAAAAAGUGAGACUACGGAAGAACAACAGAUAAUUGCAGGAAAAAUGAUAGAAAACAGCGGCAACUCGUUUGUGGGCGAUGGUGAGGACACUGAAAUCUUGCUUGCUGAAGGGGCUAUUCAAACAGCAAACACCGAUGAUCUUGGUAUUCAAACAUCCAUAGAAGCUAUUUCCCAACUGGUUGAUCACAGCAAGACUGUUAUACCAGUCGAGGAAAAAAAUGAGACUACGGAAGAACAACAGAUAAUUGCAGGAAAAAUUAUAGGUCUACAAGAAGGCAAAGGUUUCUCUGACGUGUUUGACACCCAUGAAAGUCCACCUUCUAAAGAUGGCAAGGAACGAAGGUAAAAAGUCUACAUUGUCAACAGCUCAUCGGUAAAACAUACCAUAAAUAGCAAGAAAUAUUUCUGCGGAAGGCGAAGGUUCCUCUGAUAUUUUGGACACUUAUAAAAGUCGACGAUACUCUAAAGAUGAUGAGGGCCAAAAUUUCAAAUUGUCAACAGCUCAUUGGUAAGACACACCAUACAUACUUGAAAUGCAUUCAAAGGUUUCAAAAGGACAGCCAAUGUGAGGGAGAGGAAAACUUUCCCAUUCCCUCUGGCGUUAUUACUCGAAGCCUUGCUCUGGCGCUCCUCCUGUACUCUGAAUGGAAAUAAUCAGCUACUUCUUGCUUUUAUUUGUGGCAAUGGUUUAUUUGCAACAGACGGACAGAAAAAAUAGAAUCAUAACAAAAUUACACAACAUGCCUACCUACCUAUUUAUCUGAUUGGGGUGUUGAGAAGUCAACUUUCCUAAAGUUUUCUAAAGUUCGAAGACUCUAAAAACCACAAAGUGCAUGCAAGAAAAAUUUCUACUGAAGAUUGCUAUCUGUUUAGCCACUCAAAUAGACAGAAGCAUUCUUUAAAGCGCUGUGUUCGGUAAAAAUCAGCGUGGCUUUAAGAAUAAGCCCACUAACGACGCUACAGUGGGCAACCAAGUAACUGUUCGGAAAACUUCAUGCUAUCCUGACUAUCACGAUGAUGAUGAUCGAU